AUGCGCUCCCCCUCCCGUCCCCUCCCUCGCCUCCUCCUCCUCCGCCGCCGCUGCCUCUCCUCCGCCCCACACCGAGACCGCCGCUUCCUCCCCCUCCUCCGCUUCGCCGCCCUCGCCAAGGAGCUCUCCGACCACCGUCCCCGGCCGGGAACGCCGCCGCCCCCUACACGGCCGCGGUCCCCGCACCCCUACGACUACAACCGCCUCAUGUCCGCGCACGCGGGGACGCGGGACGGCGCCGGCGCGGACCGCGCCCUCCACCUGCUCGACGAAAUGCGCGCCCUCCUCCGGCGCCGCCCCGACGCCGCCUGCUUCACAACGGUCGCCGCGGCGCUGUCGUCCGCGUCCCGCCCGGGCGCGGCGCUCGCCGUGCUCGACGCCAUGGCCGCGGAUGGCGUCGCGCCCGACGCCGCGGCGUGCACGGUGCUCGUCGGGGUGUACGCCUGCCGCCUGCGGCGGUUCGACGCCGCCUACGAGGUCGUGCGCUGGAUGGUGGCGAAUGGCGUGGCCCCUGACGUGGUCACCUACUCGACGUUGAUAUCUGGGCUGUGCAGCGCUGGGCAGGUGGCUGAAGCUCUCGGCGUGCUGGACUUGAUGCUGGAGGAAGGUUGCCAACCCAAUGCGCACACAUAUACACCUAUCGUGCACGCAUAUUGCACGGGUGGGAGGAUACAUGAGGCGAAGAGGCUGUUGAACACUAUGAUUGCCAGUGGAUUUGCUCCAAGUACAGCCACUUACAAUGUCUUGGUUGAAGCUCUCUGCAAGGUUGGGGCUUUCGAGGAGGUAGAUGCCCUUCUUGAGGAGAGCACUGCAAAAGGGUGGACACCAGAUGUAAUCACAUAUAGCAGUUACAUGGAUGGGCUAUGCAAAGCCGGCAGAAUAGAUAAGAGCUUUGCAUUGGUUGAUAAGAUGUUAUCCAACGGGUUACAACCUAGUGAGGUGACUCUGAAUAUCCUUCUUGAUGGUGUUUGUCGUAGCUCAACUGCAUGGGCUGCAAAACGCCUCUUGGAGUGCAGCGCAGAGCUUGGGUGGGAUGCCAAUGUUGUCAAUUAUAACACGGUGAUGAGGAAGCUUUGCGAUGAGCACAGAUGGCUGUCUGUUGUCAAACUUUUCACUGACAUGGCCAAGAAAGGCAUUGCUCCAAAUAGCUGGACCUUCAACAUUGUUGUCCACAGCCUCUGUAAAUUGGGGAGACUUCAUAAAGCGCUUUUUCUGCUGAGAAGCAAAGAGUUUGUAGCUACCGUUAUCACAUACAAUACUUUAAUCCGUCAUCUCAGUAUUUCUGGGGAAGGCAAUGAAGUUUGCCUCUUACUUUAUCAGAUGAUUGAGGGAGGCAUUGCUCCCAAUGACAUCACCUACAGUCUUGUGAUUGAUUGUCUCUGUAGAGAAGAGAAGUUCUUGGUGGCUCUUUGCUGUUUUUACCAAUCACUUGAGGACGACUUCUUCCCAUCUGCAUUUCUCAGUAUUAUACGAGGUCUAAUUGUUGGUGGUAUGCUUGGUCAAUUGCAUACUCUAAUUGGAUGUGUUCUUGGACAAGGCUUUAUAAUAGAAGUGUAUAUUUACCAGGAACUGAUCAAGGCUCUUUGUAAGAAUGGAUACUGUCAAAGCGUAGAAAUGUACAAAGUUUGCCAUAUAUUGGAAAGAAUGCUCAGAUUGAGAUGA